AUGAGUAAAAGCGAGGGAGUUACUAGCCUGUGGCGCGGUUCAUCCCUUACAGUGAAUCGCGCUAUGCUAGUAACAGCAUCGCAAUUAGCAUCAUAUGAUGAGUUUAAAGAGAUGAUUCUAGAGAAGGGGCUUAUGAAAGACCGGCUUGGGACCCACGUGACAGCGAGUUUCGUGGCGGCUGUGGUGUCGAAUCCUGUGGAUGUGAUUAAGACACGUGCCAUGAAUAUGAAGGUGGAGCCAGGGAUGGCCCCACCUUAUAACGGGGCACUUGAUUGUGCUAUGAAAACUAUUAAAGCUGAGGGGCCAAUGGCUCUUUACAAGGGGUUUAUUCCUACAAUCUCAAGGCAAGGACCAUUUACUAUUGUGCUCUUUGUUACACUGGAACAAGUCCGCAAAUUGCUCAAGGAUUUCUGA